AUGGACCUGUUCCUUCGACGUGUCCCAUCAGUCGUCAAGCUUCCUUCAACAGGAUUUAAUAAGUUGAUUAGGCUAAAAGUGAAAUAUGUCACAUUAUCUUCAAAUACGUUUGAGAGUUUGAUCUCUAAUAACCCGUUGCUUGAGGAUUUGGUGCUAAAAGACAUCGACAAUCUGUACCUCAUGAGUAUUAAUGCUCCUAAUCUAAGGUUAUUUGUCUUUCGUGGCGAUAUACAAUUGAUAUAUCUUGAAAAUGUUCCUGUUCUUUCCAAUGUUCUGUAUGCGCCUACAGAAUUGGUUCUAGAGGAUGAAGAUGAUUUUGUCAGUAUUUUUUCGUCUAUUCCUGCUCUUGACUGUUUCAGCUGGGAUCUUUUUGAGAAUGUCCCUCUUCUUUCCAAAAGUUCAUAUGAGCCUACAGAAUUUUCGGGAGAGGUAGAACAUGAUAUUGACAAGAUUUUUGAGUCUACUCCUGCUCUCGAGAAUCUGUGUUGGAAUCACGAGUAUGUUCAGAACUAUAUUGAUCAUGCACACCGGGAGGUUGUUGAUGAUAUUCCUGAAAGUUUCUCGGAUAUGACAUUUAAUCACCCGAGGACAGUAAAAAUUUAUGAUGUAACAGUAGUAGCAGCUGAAAUGCAGCUUAUCAAGGUUUUAUUUGCCGAGUCUCCAACACUGGUCAGAAUGAUAACCAAGACCUGUGAAACUGAAGAUAAAGAAUCUUUUAAAGUACUCGCUGAGGUAACAAAAUUUCAGCGUACAUCAUCUAAAGCAGAAGUUGUGUAUAGUGUAGAUUAG